AUGUCGGCUUCACUACCUAGGCCGUCCCGGCCCUCUAUCGGGCCCCCGACUGUCGCACUCCCCGCGCUUCCUAUUGGCAAGACGCGGAAAAGCACCGGGGGUCUGUCGGUACCUAUAAGCAGGUCGAUGCCAACAACGCCCAAAACUGGACUUCGAGCUCCCUCCACGACCCUCCUCCCUCCCGCAACACCAGCCCCGACUACCGCCCUGCCGACGCCGCGGGCGGUUUCCGGAAUCAACACUGCUGGCAGGACAAUAAGGAAAACCGUCAGCAUAAACUCGUUCCCGCAGCCUCCUCGCGGAGAGGGCCGAGUUUCUAGCCUGCCGCCGAGCCCAUUAUCCGCCGGCGCAUCCUCACGGAAGGCAAAAACACCAACAACACCAACAUACCAAUUCUCAAACGGGACCCCCAGUCUUCUAAAUGGCACGGGCGAAGGAAAGCUAGUAGCCCGCUUGACGGGGGCGCGGAACUCGGAUGGUCUAAUUAGCGUGUCGUCGCCGCCGCAGAGCCGCAGCUCCUCCGCACAAGAUUCAUAUUCUACGUCAGCAACGCAAUACGAGGAUCUAGUGGAUGUGGCACAGCAGAAGUUAGAUGCCUCGGCAAGCGGCAAGCGGGCCUCGAAGCUGGAUGGCAAGGGCAAUGUCAUCGUCAGUGUAAGAGUGCGGCCAGAUGCCGCCGGCAGUGACAAAACAGAGGGAGGGGAAUGGAUGAUGGAUGGAAAGAAAUCUUUAAUCAGCUACCAAGGGAAGGAAGCAGGAGACUACUAUUACGAUAAUGUUUUUACGACAAAUGACGACAACUCCAGAGUUUACGACCACAGUGCCAAACGGUUAGUUCGAAGGGUGAUGGAAGGUUACCACGGAACCGUGUUUGCCUACGGCAUGACUGGUACAGGGAAGACCUUUUCCAUGCAGGGCACGGCGUCUUCCCCUGGUGUAAUACCUCUGGCUAUUACCGACAUCUUCUCGUACAUCCGUGAAACGCCCUCGCGAGAAUUCUUGCUCCGUGUCAGCUACUUGGAGAUUUACAACGAAAAGAUACACGAUCUUCUGAGUAUGCCCACGGGUAACGGUAUCGGCCCGAGCCAGAUGGAGGAAAUCAAGCUGCGAGAAGACAGCAAGCGAGGAGUAUAUGCAAGUCCUCUGAAGGAAGAGAUCGUGCAGAGCCCGACACAGCUUCUGCGUGUGAUUGCCCGUGGCGACCAGGCUCGUAGGACAGCAAGCACCCAAUUCAACGCCAGGAGUUCGCGAAGUCACGCUGUUGUUCAGAUUGUGGUGGAAAGCAGAGAACGUGUUCCAGGGAACCCUGCAGGCGAUAGUAAGCGGCAGGGCCUUCCGCCUGGCGGCGUUCGGGUCUCGACGUUGAGUCUGAUCGACUUGGCAGGCUCAGAAAAGGCUGCGGAGACGAAGGAACGACGUCAAGAAGGUUCGCACAUCAACAAGAGUCUGUUGACGCUGGGUACGGUCAUCGCCAAGCUCUCGGAUUCCAAAGAUAAAGACGGAAAGCCGGCGGACAAGGACGGCAAGCACUUGCCAUACCGAGACAGCAAGCUUACCCGGCUACUACAGGGGGCGCUGUCUGGAAACUCGCUCGUCAGCAUUCUCUGCACGAUCCAGAUCGGCUCUGCGGGUAGUGUCGCAACAGCCAACUCUCACACCACCGAAACUCUCAAUACGCUAAAGUUUGCUUCUCGAGCCAAAAACAAUAUUGUGAGCCACGCAAAGAAAGCUGAAGAGGCUCUCGGCAGUGGCGGGGACGGGGGUGCGAGAGUUUUGCUGGAACGCUAUCGAAUGGAGAUUCAGGAGCUAAGGAAGGAGCUCGAUACGCAAGCGAAGAACAACACUAAAAAGGAAACGGAAGGCGAGAAAGAUCGAGACGAGGAAGAGGAGAAGGCCCGUGAGAAGAAGGCCGUGGAACGUCACGAGGAGCAGAUGCUGGAGAUGCAGCUGGCUCGGACGGCGCUGAAGGAGCGGAUCGACCACCUCAACCGACUGAUCCUGAGCUCGAAAUCGAGAGGAGUUAAUGCCAGCGGGUCGUUCAGUUCGCUCGGGAUUCGGUACUCGCAAACCUCUGUCAGGUCGUCGAUGGCAACCUCGAACGGGGGCAGGCCAGUCCUGGAAAGGACGGCAUCGUUGACCUCGACAGCCUCCACGAUUGGCAGGAAGUCUAGCAGUCAUCGGUCUUCUGGCGUAGCGGAACCGCCUGUGGCUGUCGAGGAUGACGACAGCCUGGGCGAGUUUGGAGACGGGACGGCGUCGGUGGCGGCGCAGAACCGGGCUCUGCAGGCCGACUUGGCCGACAAGAACCGGUAUAUCCAGACGCUAGAGAAGCGUCUGCUUCAGGCCCGGCGCGCCAGCUCGUCUCGCACUUCGGUGGGAUUGACGUCGGGCAAAGGCAUCAUGGUCGGUGAAGAUCAUAGUGUAUCCGCUCUCAUUAAGGAAAAGGAUGCGGAGAUUACCGAGCUCCGGGCCCGCCUCGAUGACAAAGACAAAAUGCUCGCGGCACUGCGGAGCGCGGCGAGAUCCAGGGAUAAUGCCGACAGGGUCGAGUCGAGAGCCGAUGCUCGCACAGAGUCUGUACGUGCAUCGCAGAUUCUCGACAGCAACCCGGGCCCUCCGCCCACGGCAAACCCCGGGAGCCCCCCAACCGCGCAGAUGGCCCGGCAGGGUUUCAAUAUUCGGAAGCAGGCUAAGAGCGACGAUGAGAUGAGCAAGAUGCUAGACGAGAUGAUCCAGGAUAGGAUCGAAGCCGGACACAUCAUUCGUGGCAAUCGGGGGAGCGUGAGGGUUGCGCCCGACCGAAAGGAGUCGUCAUCUUCGGAACCUCCGAUUCAACUGCAGCUCCUGUCCCGGCAGAGGACAUCGGUCGCCGCCGAACCGCCGAAGCCCCCGGUGGUGUUAGAAGUGUAG